CUUCCUCGCCCCUACACACAAUGGAUAGCACCACGUUAGUUCUUCCAGGCGACAAGUUGCCUUUGCCUAAGACGCAGACCCAGCCGAUUAUCCUCGGACCGGGGAUUUACAAGUCUCCAGCCACCCAGGAAAUCAUUCCCGUCUCGGCUGGCCUCCUCACCCAGGGCACCAAGAAGGCGGCCCAUUACAUCUACACGGAAAAUAAUUCCAAGCGGUACAUCCCGCAGGUGAAUGACUUUGUGAUCGGAGUCGUCACCGGCGUCUACGGCGAGUUUUACCGCGUAGCCUUGUCCAACUUUUCACAGACCGUACAGUUGCACUCUCUUGCGUUUGAAAACGCCACCAAAAAGAAUAAGCCGGUGUUGAAAAUCGGAAAUAUCGUCUAUGCAAGGGUGAAAUCCGCCCACUUGGACAUUGAACCGGAAAUCGAGUGCGUGGACUCGAGUACUGGUAAGGCAGCGGGCUUUGGGUUGCUCGAGGGCGGCUACUUGCUCAACGAUUUGAGCUUGAACUACACCAGAAGCUUGUUGUUUGGUAACGCUUCCUUGAACGCCAUCCUCGAGGCCUUGUCCUUGAAGUGUAAGUUUGAGAUUGCGAUCGGCGUCAACGGAAAGAUCUGGAUCAACGCGGGUGACGGCGACGUGAAAUUGACCUUGGCCUGUGUCAAGGUCUUGGAGGGCGCCGCCAGCCGCUCCGGUGCCCAGACCGCCACCUUGAUCGAGCAAACCUGGAAGGAGGUAGGUAUUUAACCAUAUGGAUUGUAU